UCUCCCUUCCCAUUUUCAUCAUAUUCCAAUAGCUCUUCUUAGUUUUUAGCAAAGAAAAAACAUUAGAGAUAUGGAAGGCACCGUCUGUAGUCAUUCUUUUAAAUUCCUUCUCAUUCUUCUUGCCAUUAAUUCUUACAUAAAUUUUAGUUCAGCUGGUAGGCAAAUUGCCCCACUGUCCAGCACUGAGUUCAUCAGAACCUCUUGUAGUUCAACGACAUACCCAAAACUUUGUUUUGAGACUCUCUCAACCCACGCUAGCUUGAUCCAAACAAGCCCUCAGCUCUUGGCCCAUGCAGCCCUCAAUGUGACCCUUUCAACCGCCAAAUCAACCUCCGCCAUGAUGGUAACGCUUUCCAGAAGCCAUGGAUUGAAGCCGAGAGUGGCGGAAGCCAUGCAAGACUGUGUGGAGGAACUGAGUGACACCAUAGAUGAGCUCAGAAAGUCAAUAAGCGAGAUGGGUCAGAUCAAAGGCUCCAAUUUUGGACUGAUGAUAAACGAUGUACAGACUUGGGUUAGCGCUGCUCUGACAGACGAGAGCACCUGCAGCGAUGGUUUUCAAGGGAAUAACAUGAACGGGAAUGUGAAGACGGAUGUGAGAACCAAGAUUCUGAGAAUCGCUCAUUUGACAAGCAAUGCCUUGGCUUUGAUCAACAGCUAUGCUUCUCUCCAUGGUUAGCUAGCCUUCACCAAGAACAGGGGGUAAGCAUGUAUACUAUAUUAAUUGAUUUUAGAAACUACGUGUGCCCUGAUUAAAUGUAAUAUAUGCAAGCCUAGAUGUGGCUUUGAAGUGGGGUAUGGCUUAUUGUUACACGGAUAUAUGUGAUCAUGUUGUCACAUAGUAAAAUUUAUGUGGCUCCUCUUUAAGAUACUAGUGUCGGAGGCUUUGAGAUCUAUACUGUGCCGUCUUUACAGGUUGUUUUACUUACAUUGCUUUGUGUAGAAUCAUAUUGUAUCCUCGUCGAAGAUUAAUUACAAUUGAUGAAGCCUCUCUUGUUGUCCAGGUUUUAGUUAGAAUAUUGAUUUGAAGCGAUUCCUCUGUUUGUGUA